GCCGUUGUCAUCUGCCGCGUGAGUGACCCUUCAGCCAGUCAGAGGAGCAACCUGCUGCUACAUGGAGCAGGGAGACGGUAACGUGAUUCAUGCGGUUGUCCAGAUGAGACCGAGAAGUCAGCAUCUAACCUCUCCAAAGUAUCCAUUCACCCUGUAAAAAAUUAUCUGUGGUAGUCAAAUAAUAUCAUGGAGAACACUCACAAAACCUUUCGCCUCUACAUCCCCAUCAGUGAGAGGGGCUGUGUGAGCCCAUCCCUCUCCCACUACAGGGGGCCAGCUUCCCCCUUUAAAGCCCCUCUGAAGACACAACGAGGAUUAACUUCUUACUGUAAGCAGAAGGAAGGUACAGCUGGAACAGUGAAGCAGGGUCAAGGAGACAAAUUCGGCCUUGGAGACCUCAAAGCAACCCUCAAAGCAUUGGAUGAUGUUUUUGAGAUACACUGGCUGACAGAGUUGUUACCGUUGUGUUUGGAGUGCCAGGCUUUCAUGAACAUGGGCAACCAACAGAGCAUGGUGAUUAAGUCGAACCGUCAUGAUCAUGCUGAGCGUCGAGAUACUUUACCGAAAUCCCCAAGAUUUCAGAUCCCUCGGAAGAAAAGGAGAAGAUUGGAAGACGCCUUUCAACAAAACCUCAAGAUGACACCCGGGACUCAACAGAGGCCUUUGAAGGGGAAAAGGCUUACAAAGUGCCAGAAAACAAGCUCCCCUACCUUUGGGGAAUGGGACUUGGAGGAAGUGAGGUCCAUCGCCUGCACUCCUGCAGCCAGGAGAACGAGAGUUUUGGGAAGUCCACAGGAGCCAAAGUCAUCAUUGAGAAUGAAGCUGCCUGAUGCUUCUUCUGCAAAUUUUCUUUUGAGCAAAAAGGGCAUUUCCUCUUCGAGAAAUGAUUUAUCUUUAAAGGAAGAAUGUGCUCUCACUGACUCAGACACAGAUCUCUCUGAAUAUGACAAUGAUAUGUACUCUGUGUGUACCUCCCCUACUAGCCUGGAGGUGAUUAGGAAGACAGAAGAAAAAAACAGGAACACAGAAAAAGCCCAGAUCACCCAAGAAGAGAGAGAUAUAGAUCAGGAGAAGAAGGCAGAGGAGAAGUCUGCUCUAUGGAUGUACAAGGAAACGGGAAAGAAGGCUGCAGCACAGCGAGUGAUGGGCAAGAUCGAGGAGGUGGAAGGCAUCAUACAUCGGGUGAGUCUCACCAGUUCGGACUGGAUCGGAGAAGGCAGCGACGGAAGGGAUGAAGGUCAGUUUGUCUUGGAUCGCUGUGCUGGUGAGGAGGAACACAGGUGCCGAACUGAAAUGGGUUUCCAGUUGAAGACCCAGAACAAGGAGUGCAAUGAAGACAAGCCUCUGCUCAUUGAGGAGUUUCACGCUCUGGGUGAAGCCCUGAGCCAGAGCUUGCGUCAGGUCCUCAAGAUGGAGACAGCGAAAACACAGUGGGAACCCUUCGCAGAGGCCGGGAAGACGUCUGAUAAGCCAAACCUCGUAGGACCAACAAGAAGGCCUCUGAAUCUCUCAUCACAUUCUUCUUACUACUUCACCUCUGAUAUGCCAAAUGACUCUUCAUCACCCUCUCUGUCAACAGGUGGAGAAAUCUCCCCUGUGCCCUCGCUGUCUCUAUCUGCAAUCCUGGAUGUUUCUCAGAGAACAUCCAGCAGCUUUGAAGGCAUGUCUCCCAUCUUGUCGCCUCUAUUCACCUCCAGCCAGCACUCUCUGCCUCUUAGCCUCACUGACCAGCAUGAAAACGACACCUAUGAGAACCACGCAGGGUGGGUAAGCUCAGCUGAAGAUAAUUUAUUCCCUCGACAGGCUGGAGGCUGUGGAAGUGCCAACACAGUCUUGGGACGGGCAGGGAAUGACCUGAAGACUUUGGCUCAGGUGAACCUCCAGCUGAAUGAACAGAAUCAGAUGCAGACACCAAGAUGCACCAGUGAAACAGAGGGCAGUCAAGAUUAUCUACUGUCUUCAGAAGAAGCUCUGCAGAGGCAGGAGAAGAUCUGGCAGCAGGAGGUGGAGGAGUCGCUUUCCUUCUGCAUGAAGCUGUCUCAUCCCUCCAGACCGAAACACAUUGACUUCCUGCGCAUCACAGCUCCUGAAGAUGACAUCGCUGAUACGCCGACGACCACACCCCUCCCACCAGAGUUUCGGUCAGAAGCGUCCAUCCCAGGAGAGGGAGAAGAAAAAACUCCUGGUCGUCUACAAGCCGUCUGGCCACCGCUCAAGGAGGAGAAACUUGGACUGAAGUAUACAGAAGCUGAGCACCAGGCUGCUCUCCUGCAGCUGAAGAGGGAAUGCAAAGAGGAGCUGGAGAAGUUACAGGAGGACUAUGGUCAGGAACUGUCCAGACUGAGGGUGGAAAACAAGGACAAUGUCACCUGUCUGGAAGUCGCUCUGGCCGAGCUGGAGGCCAAACUCUCCCAGUUUGGAAGCCACCGCCCUGGGGAAGUCAAAGAUGUCGCCGUAUCAACAGGGGACGACUUUGUACGCAAAUCCUUCCGCACAGUCUGCAUCCAGACAGACCGAGAGACUUUUGUUAAGACUCCAGAGGAUGGAGAAGAUACGGGGAAGGGCUACACAUGCCUUCAGCAGCAGAAGGUGACCCCCAAAAAGCUCGACCUGGCCUCUAUCAGCCUCAGCCUGGCCGGUCAGAGGGAUGAUACUUCGUCUUCCUCUUCAUCACAUGACCGUCCUCCUCCUGGAGCCACGCUGCCUCACUCAGGACAACCAGACGAUCCUUCUCAGACAACAUUACCAACCAAAACAGACAACCUGCCUCCUCCCCCUCCACCUCCGCCAAGUUUGUCAGCAACUCAAAACCACAUGAAGCCUUCAAAUGGCCCUCCACCACCUCCUCCGCCUCCACCUCCUCCUCCUCCAUCCGCACCAGGUUUAGCUCCCCUUCCGCCUCCGCCUCCUCCAGGUGGAGUUUUCAUGGUUGAUAAACCUCCCAGGAAACCGGCAGUGGAGCCAUCACAACCCAUGAAGCCUCUUUACUGGACCAGAAUCCAGAUCCAGGACAACAAUAACAGCACGCUAUGGAACGUUUUAGAGGAACCCAAACUAAUUAAUGCCAGUGUGUUUGAGGAUCUCUUUGCCAAAACCACCACACAGACCAAGAGGAAGCCGCUGUCUGAGGCAUACGAGAAGAAAGCCAAAGCCAGGAAGCUCAUUAAGCUGCUGGACGGGAAGCGCUCUCAGGCUGUGGGCAUCCUCAUAUCGAGCCUCCACCUGGAGAUGAAAGAUAUACAACAAGCCGUACUGACAGUGGACCACUCUGUGGUGGACAUGGAGACCAUUGAAGCACUGUAUGAAAAUAGAGCACAGCCGGAGGAACUGGAGAGAAUCAAGAAACACUACGAGACGUCAGAGGAAGAGGAAGUCAAACUGCUGGACAAACCCGAACAGUUCCUGUAUGAGCUGUCUCAGAUCCCAGACUUUGCAGACAGAGCUCGCUGCAUCAUCUUCCGGUCGGCCUUCAUCGACGGGAUCGCGUCCAUCCAACGCAAGCUCAGCACAGUCUCCCGUGUCUGUGAGGCUCUGCUGGAGAGCGAUGGUGUGAGGAGAGUGGUGGGACUGGUGCUGGCUCUGGGGAACCACAUGAACGGAGGCAGCAGGGUCAGAGGUCAGGCCGACGGCUUCGGCCUGGAGAUUCUGCCUAAACUGAAGGACGUGAAGAGCAGGGACAAUCGUAUCAGUCUGGUUGACUUCGUGGUGUCAUACUACCUGCACAAUGUGGAUAAGAACGCUGGCACAGACAAGAGCGUGUUCCCCCUUCCUGAACCCCAGGACGUGUUCUUGGCAUCGCAGGUCAAGUUCGAUGACCUCAACAGAGACCUGAGACAGCUUGGACGAGAUCUUACAAGAUGUGAGAAAGAUGUACAGAAGGUCUGCUCUGAUUCGCCUGAAGAACACCUGCAGCCGUUUAAGGACAAAAUGGAGGCUUUUGUUCUCAGUGCACGAAAAGAACACGCAGAGGCUUCCUAUCAAUUGAUGACUGUACAAAAAAGUUUUCAGGCCCUGGCUCUGUACUUUGGGCUAAAGCCCAAAGCAGGGGAGCAGGAAGUGACUACUGGCUACUUCUUCAUGCUCUGGUUUGAGUUUUGUGCCGACUUCAAGGUCAGGUGGAAGAGGGAGAACAAGAACAUCUCCAAAGAGAGAUUGAAAGAGGCUCAGCUGUCAGUUAAGAGGAUCACAGGAGAGAAGAAAGUGGAGACCAGAAAGAUCAACCCCAACAGCCUGAAAGAGCGACUGCGCCAGAAAGAAGCCAACAUGUCUUCACCUUAAGAAACUCAGGAGGUAUAAAAAUACACAACCAUCCUAACUAAGCCGGAUCAGACUGGAUGUGGUAUAAAGCCAGGAUUUCUUGAUUUUUGCUUUUUUUGUCUGUUGUUCUGACAUGUUCAUGGAGUACUUGCAUUCAUCAACUAACUACUUUAUGAAAUAAUUUUGCUUCCUGUAAAUGUAUUUAAAUUUAAAAGACUAAAGAAAUCUUAUGUGCAAUAUGUGGACAUCAGAGAUAGCUUAAACUGUAGAAAUUCUCAUAUCGCCAUUACAUUUUUUGCAUUAAUUCUGACAUGUUAAGUCUAAUCUUUUCAGUAUGUUCCCACAAAUAAAAAUCUCUGAUCAU